AAAGGGUAGGCCCUAGUUGAGACCCCUGAGGGUGGCCAGCUGAAAUUAGACGGUUAGUGGAGUAAGUGUUAGAAAGGUGAACGACAAACCAAAGAGCUCUAAGUGAAAGGUCACUCUUUACCUACAUGUUGCCACGUUUCCUUAUUUCGAUGCUUUCUUUAACCUUGCUUUCGUAAAUAGCUGAAACCUGAAGUUAUAGGUUCUCUCUUUUAGCUGAAUGUUUUCAAAUAAAUAUUUUUAUUUAUAUCCGUAUUUGAAUGGGAUUGGAAAAUGUACCGAUAUGGAUUGCUUUAAGAAAAUAUUCAGGAGCAUCUCAAGAAACUAAAUAAGCUUGGUUCUGUUCAAAGUAGUUUAGGAUAUUCCUAGGCUUAUUUGGAAGAAAUAAAAAAUAGUAGAACUCAAUUGUUCGGAGGUUUCGAGUAUAAUUUUAAAAUCAAAGAUAGAAGGGUUUCUGUUUUUGUGCAAAAGAGAUUAACUCGAUGUCACGUGACCAUAAACGGUCAUCUAAUUUCUAUCAGCCAGUGGGUAUGAAGAUUCUAAAUACCUGGCAUUCUUUGGAGGAUGGUUGGUUGUAUGAAAUUUGGAGAAGUUGGCGAGAGGUGCAUUGUUUAUUUUCUUUUUCACCUUGAUAAUCGAAUAUUGAUGCCAUCUGCAAAUUCUUCAUGAUGUUCUGUCAACGAAAUUUCAAAAUGUUAGAACUGUCAUGUAAUUUGGGAUUGAGAUAAUACGUCAGUUUCUCUGUUAACUAAUGGUGCAUUUUUUUGUACGAAAUGUAGCGUACAUCUUGAAAUUGUGCCUUCCUGGUGUCGAUCUUGACGUCAAAAAGGAAUCGCCAAUAAACAAGGGGCACCCGUGAAAUGUGAAACAGUGCACAGAUAAGAAAUUAUUUUGUGUAGGUAAAAAGACAUUACUGAAAUUGAAAGACUAGGGAGUACUCGCUAUUAAAAAAGUCCGAGAUGAGGAUCUGGGAAAUAGUGAAAAGUUUUGUAUCAGCUAAGAUGUUUACUGUGGCCCAGAUUUUCAGUGUGAAAAUGUAAUGUGUCAGCACCUGCAUCGAACAGAGGCCAUCUUAAGUGCAGCAUUUAAGUGCUGUUGUUGAAAAUGCAUCAGCAUAGACGGCGGAAAAAGAGACCAAGUUAUGGUGUAAGAACUGUGGAAAUAUCCAGAGGAAAAAAUGGGUUUGGAUUCACUAUUUCUGGUCAAGCUCCUUGUAUUCUCAGUUGCAUUAUAACAGGUAGUCCUGCAGAAAAAGCUGGCCUUCGACCUGGGGAUUUUUUAAUUGCUGUUAAUGGACAGAAUGUAUCAAAGGCACCUCAUGAUGAUGUUGUUAGACUUAUAGGCAAUUCAAAUGGAGUUUUAAAGCUUCAGAUUGCUGAAAACUAUUAUUCAGAUUCUUCUGAGGAAGAAUUUAUAUCUAUUGUGAAACUGCGGCCAAAGUAUCCUAAUAAAGUUCGUAAUAGGCAACAUCAGAGCAGUGUUUCUCGGGCUGAAAAAGUUGUUCAAGACUUGCAGACUGGUGCUUUGUUUGUUGACCAUAUUCAUGGUAGUAGUGUUGUUGAAAUUUCUCAAAAACAGCGUAAUUCUAAAGGCCAGUCUGUGGGUUUAGCUGCAUCCAGCCGAUCAAAUAAACUGUUAUUAGAUUUGAUUUUACAGCAGAGGAUUCAAGAUGCUAGUAACAGACAUUCUUUGCAGAAUAUUCCUCUUCAGCAGACUACAUGUGUCCCUUCAGUUUCUUCAUCUGAGAAAAUAAAGCAAGUGUGCCCUAAAAAGAAAGAAAACAAAGUAAUAAAAUCUCGUAGUCAUCCUGAGCACUUAAAUACUUCUGCUUCUGCUGAUGAAGUAUUUCAUUCAAUAUUUACAGAACAAGAUUUGAAUAAUAUAUUAUACCCUGCUCUGUUUUCAUCCCAGAAUAAUGAAGAACAGAAAGGUAAUGAAGAACAAGCUGUUUUAAAAGCUGUUGUUGGUUAUCUAGGGACAAUAGAAAUGCCAAAAGAACCACAGCUUCCUAAUUCAAGGCUACAAACAAUUCGUAACUGUAUUCGUCGACUGCGUGUUGAAAAAAAGGUCCAUACUCUUGUAUUAAUGUCAGUGUUUCCUGAAAGUAUUAUUCUUAUCAAUCCUCAAGGUGUCACUUUAGCUGAAUUUUCUGCUGAUAAAAUAACUUUCAGUGGAGUUUAUAGUGAUGAUAAGAAAUUUUUUGGUCUUGUUACAAAUCAUGGUAUUAGUAGUGAUGAACUUAGUGAGGGAAGUCAAGAAGACCCUGGCUCUGUCAGCAGUUCUUGCCAUGUAUUUAUGGUUGAUCCUAAGUUAACACCCCAUCAUCAACACAUGAAAAGAGCCAAAGCUUUUCACAUAACUUGUACAUCUGAUCCUGUUACUAAUAAAUGUAAAGAGUUCCCUGAGUCUGCUGAUAGUAUUCUACAAGCUGUUGUUGGUCUAUAUAGAAGUAAAUUGGGUUUCAAUAAUGAAUUUGUGCAUGGCUUAGAAUUUCAUGUGAAUAUGUCCCCUCAGCCUAGCAAUACUAGCAGCAAUAGUAGCAACAGUGAUAGUGGAAUUGGAUUUCGUGAUGAAG